AACCACUUGUUCCAAAUUUCAAAAUUCAGUGAGAGUCCUAAAUCUGGUGUUUAAUUAAUAGCAUUUGAUAAAAGAAAAAUGGGCACAAUGACAUGUAUCGACAUUAUUUUGGCAAUCAUCUUGCCUCCCCUUGGUGUUUUCCUCAAGUUUGGCUGCAAGGUGGAGUUCUGGAUCUGUCUUUUGUUGACUCUCUUUGGAUGGCUACCUGGUAUUAUCUAUGCUAUUUGGGUCCUCACCAAGUGAUGAUCCUAUGGUGGAUAUGUGAUGAAGCCCAUUACUAAGUCUCUUUAUUUUCGCUAAUGCAGUAUCUAACGGCUGUUGUAUUUAUUCUUGAUGUAUUUCUUCCAAGUUUAUCCCCUCCUUUUUCUUUUUUGGCUAUUCUAUCUUUGUGUAUUCCAACAGAGAAUUUUGGAUAGGGUGUUGGUUGUGUAAGUCCGUUGGAUUGUAAUUUGACUUCCAUUCUGUUAUUUUAAUUGAAUUUAAUAUAAUAAAUAAA